AUGAUGUAUCGAGCCGCACUUAUUUUACUAUAUUUGUUUUGUCUGUGUCGAUUCUGUCCAGCACAAUGGGGGCCAUCGCAGGGGAAUUCAAACAGCGGUCCACAACAACAAGAUCGUCAAUGGAAUAGUCUUCGUCAAGACCAACAAAUGUCAAACAUUCCACAAGAACGCCAAAGCUGGAAUAUUCAACCGCAACAAGAUCGUCAAUGGAAUAGUCUUCAUCAAGACCAACAAAUGUCAAACAUUCCACAAGAACGCCAGAGCUGGAAUAUUCAACCGCAACAAGAUCGUCAAUGGAAUAGUCUUCACCAAGACCAACAAAUCUGGAACAUUCCACAACAACAAGAUCGCCAGUGGAAUAGUCUACAGCAAGACCAACAGAUGGUAACAUUUGCUGACUGUUUGUCUGGUUCUCAAAUAUCAGUUACACCAGUUACUUUAGAAAAUAUGUUCGCCACAGAAAUGCAACGAUUAUCUAAUAACCUUCAAAAUGAUGGUACACUUGAAAAUACUGUAGCCAAAGCAGCGCUUCGAGUUUCAAGCAAUUUACUCUCACGUGCAUCUUGUGAUUUAAAUCGAACGGAUUCAAGAACUUCUAAUCAAUUUUUGCAUCAGUUUAAAGUUCCGGAAAAAUGGUGCCCAUUUGCUAGACCAAAUUGUGCUGGUUUAGCUAAUUCGCGUCAAGUUUCGGGUAUAUGUAAUAAUUUGGACAGACCAUUGGAUGGUGCUUCUGAAACUGCAUUUGCUCGUAUAUUGGAUCCCGUUUAUGAUAAUGGCUUCAAUACGCCAAGAUCAAGAUCGGUAGUAGGUGAUCUAUUGCCAUCACCACGUGAGUGUAGCUUGCAAUUGUUUCAAAAUAAACAGCGAUUUGCUCGAUCGUAUACAAAUUAUUGGGUAAUGAAUGGUCAGUUUAUUGGUCAUGAUUUAUCACUUGCCUCCCCGGCAUCAGAUGAUAAUGGUAAAAUAGUAUCAUGCAGUUGUAAUCGUAAUGAGGAUACGUGCGUUAAUAUUAAAACCCCGCAAGGAGAUCCAUGGAUGUCUGAUCAAAAAUGUAUGACUAUUCCAGCAACAGCCGAAGCAUUGUCUGACCCGACGUGCUCCCUAGGUAUACGAGGACUUAUGAAUGGAAAUACUCACUUUCUUGAUUUAUCAAUGAUAUACGGUAGUAAAAAGGAAACAACAGAGAACUUUCGUGAACAUCGUGACGGAUUAAUGAAAAUAACAAGAGUUGCUCCAUUUCAAGACUAUUUACCUAUAAUGGAAAGUGGACGAUCAUGUGUUGAUGCAAAUGAUCGAAUUAAGUGUUUUCAAGCUGGCGAUCCACGUGUUAUGGAAAAUCUUCUUUUGACUGGUAUAACGACACAAUGGUGGCGUUUUCAUAAUCACUUAGCGAGACAAUUAAAACAACUACACAACGAUUGGUCAGAUGAGAGAUUAUUUGAAGAAGCGAAAAAAAUUAAUGUGGCAUAUUUCCAACAUACUGUCUUCGAUGAAUAUCUACGCGUUAUGCUGGGAAAAGAUAUUCAUGCUAAAUACUUUUCAGGGCCCAGUCAAUACGAUCCAAGAAAAUCACCUGCAAUUUGGACUGAAUUUGCUACAGCUGCAUUUCGUUGUCAUACAUUUGUUCGUGAUUGGUAUAGUCGUGCAACGCCUGAUUAUAAACUUAUCGAUCAAAAAUUAUUAUGGGAUAUUAGUCAUCAUGUUGCACCAGCUUGGGAAUUUGAUAAUGGUGGUUUAGAUGCAAUUACGCGUGGUGCCGUCUUUGAUUAUGGUUCAGCGUUUGAUUCUAGUUUCGCUGAUCAAAUAAGACAUCAUUUAUUUGAAACAGUAGAGAAUGCACAAGCUGAAACAAAACGUUUUGAUUUACCAGCAAUGAAUAUGAAUCGAGCACGAGAAUCUGGUAUUGAUGGUUAUAAUGCCUAUCGUGAAUGGUGCGGUUUUAAACGUGCCAAGAUAUUCGAACAUUUUUCCGAUAUGAUGAAUAGUGAUUCAAUUGAAGAUUUGAAAAGAGUAUACAGACAUCCAGAUGACGUCGAUUUGUGGGCUGGUCUCAACAUGGAAAAUCCUAUAUCCGGAGGACUUGUUGGGCCAACAUCGGCUUGCAUCAUUGCUCAACAAUUUCUCAAAGUUAAACAAGCUGAUCGAUUCUUUUACGAACACCCAGAUGUUUUAACUCCAGAACAGUUACAAAUAAUUAAAUCGUUUCCCUUUCAAUGUUUUAUGUGUGUGACACUUGAAACGCGAUCAAUGCAACCAAACGCGUUUCUUCCACCGUCUCAAGCAGGAAAUGGUCAUGUACCCUGCGAUCAAUGUUCGCCAAUAAAUCUUCGCGCAUGGUAA